GCAGCGUUGCAACGCGUUGAUAGCCAACCUGUCCAUAUGUAAGUACCAAAACGCAUUUGCUGUCACUACUUCCUCAAAAUGAACACGUCGGAGACUUCCCCAAAUGAAUUCAGCAUUCCCGAGGAUAAACAUAACCGACUGGUAACAAGCAGCGUGUUGCUGUACAUUGGUGUCUGUGCCAACAUUGCAGUACUCGUGUCGUUACUGAAAACAUGGAAGCCCAACAGCAGAGUACAGUUCUUCCUCCUCUGUCUUUGCAUUGCCGACUUCCUUGGCCUUUGUCUUCGUCUUGGUAUCGAUAUUGGAUGGAUGGCGACGUACGUAUGGACUGCUGGAAAUGUGGGUUGCAAGAUAUGCAUGUUCCUGAUAUUGUUUGGGCAAAUCAUGGCUCACUACUUCCUGGCAUCGUUUAACGUCGACAACGCCGUCACCAUAUGCUGUUAUAAGUCCUCGAAGGUGGCCAGGAUCCUGUUGAUUGUCGUCUCCGUCGUUGCUGCCGUGUGCCAGUAUCCCGCAGGCAUUUUUGUACCGUACCCAUAUUCAUCCACACUACCCGGAGCUCAUCCAGUGCGCCAGAUUUGACUUCUUUAAAGACAAGGCCUCUGAAACACUUUACCUCGUUACGUACAGCGUUUCGAUGUUUUGGUUUCCACUUCUUUUCAUCAUAUUGACAGGAAUACCUGCCAUCAUUUCAUGGAUUGGAAAGAAAGGAACUCAGGAGUUCGAAGAAGCAAAGAAGACGACUCCAGAUGAAAGCGACCUUAAUACAUUUGGCUGGGACCUAGCAAUGGUAUCAGCAUUUAAUGUAGCUUUCUUCUUGUGCUGGACGCCGAUCAGUGUUUUGCUUCUAAUUGACAGAUUCGGAACUUUCAACCUCACUUAUGACAGUUUGGAAGUUUUGUGGUUGGCCCUCAACUAUAUCUGUAUAAUAAACAGCUGCCUUAAUCCUAUUAUAUACGGGAUCUUCACCUGCCUGAAACGUAAAAGCGACCCCCGGUCCGGCCUGGAACCAAGCCCGACGUGUGCAGACAACAAGGCAUUCGUCGAAUAAAUACCACAUGUCUCAUUCACAAUGUGCCUGUGAAAACCGACUCGACGUCCUAUCUGAAAUGCGAGAAAGAAAUUGAAUUCAUGAUUUUUAUGCUCUCAAUAAAGUCCAAAACGUUUACAAAACAUCUUCAGCCCAUUGGAAUAUUGACACAUUUGAAAUCUUAAAAGAAACAGUGACUUUCGUCUUCUGAAAUACAGGAGAAUAAAAAUCCUUUGCGUGAAAUUUU